AUGUUCUCAAGACGCAUCCCAUCCGCACUCCGCGCAUACUCCACAUCCGCCGCCCCCGAGGCAUCAUCCCAAGCCACCCACCACCUCAUCACACUCGUCCGCUCCCCCAUUGCCCUCCCGGAACGCUACAAGCGUACUCUUACCGCCCUCGGUCUCAAAAGACUACGUCAAAGUGUGGUUCACCCUUUCAGCCCGGUCGUGGCGGGAAGAAUACUUAAAGUAAAGGAGCUGGUGCAGGUGCUCAAUGUGACGGAAGAAGAAGGGAGGGCUUUGAGUCAGAGAAGACGGGCAGAAGGAAGCGGAGUUGAAGUUACCGGAAGAGCCUUUGGCGGAGGGAAGGGCAGUGUCGAGGUCGACAUAUAG